AUGGCAGUUCUCCGAUCACUGUUUAAGUCAUUUUGCUUUCAGGCACUCCUCUCCACUGCUACCACUUCCCAGACCGUUCAAAGCUAUGAUUACAUCAUAAUCGGUGGUGGUACAGCCGGCCUAACAAUAGCGAGCCGUCUGAGUGAAGAUCCCCAAAAUUCUGUGCUUGUUCUAGAAGCUGGGACUGAUCACUCAAGUGACAUUAAUGUACUUGCACCCGGUCUAUAUACCGGCAUGUAUGGCAAUCCUGAGUAUGACUGGAACUACAAAACUAUCCCUCAGAUACACGCAAACAAUCAAGUUGUAGCCCACCCAAGAGGCAAACAACUUGGAGGUUCGAGUGCUAUAAACUUUUUGUAUUGGACGCAUGCCUCUCAGCAAGACAUCAAUAGCUGGGGCGAGCUUGGAAACGCGAACUGGUCAUGGGAAGCCUUAGAUCCAUUCUUCAAGCGCUCCGAGCAAUUCGUUUCACCUUCAGGUGUUGUUGAGCAAGACUUACAGACUGGAAAUAUCGUUACAACUUUACAUGGUGACAAUGGACCAAUUGUUAACACAUUUCCGGAUAUCUAUGGCCCAAUAGAUGAAGCGUGGCCUAGAACUUAUCAAGCUCUUGGGUUAGAAGUGAAAAAUGAUCCGAGAGAUGGUUUAGCUUUAGGAGGAUACACUAAUCUCUUGAACUUGGACCUGGAUGGUAGAAAGAGAAGUUAUGCGGCAACUGCAUAUUAUCUCCCUGCUUCAAAGCGACCGAACUUGAAAGUCAUCACUGGAGCACUCGUGGAAAAGAUAAUCCUCGAAAAGGGUCACGAUAUAGUUACAGCGAAUGGGGUGCAAUAUUCAAAUGGAACUACUGCUCACGCAAAGAAAGAAGUAAUCUUAUCUGCGGGCUCGAUUGGAAGUCCCCAAGUCCUUGAGCUAUCAGGCAUCGGAGAUCCUAACGUUCUCAAAAAGCAAGGGAUCGAAGUUCUUGUGAACAACAGAAAUGUGGGCGAGAACUUACAAGAUCAUAUUUACGUCCCAAUCGGCUUCAAAGUCAAUCCUGGCAUAACCACCUUGGACAAUUUCACCGAUCCUGCAUUUUUCGAUGCUGCAUAUGAAGAAUAUGUUGCCAAUGCUACUGGUCCACUUGCUACCACCGGUGCGAGUUCAGGACUUUUAUCCUGUCCACAAAUUGGCUGCGGGAAUCUGAGACCACCUGCAAACUUUUCAAAUUCCCUCACUCCUGGAUUAAAAGAGCAGUAUGAAUUGCAGGCGAAACAUUUCUCUAGUGAGGCAGUUACACAAGAACUCACUGUAAGCGGUGGAAUGUCCCCUCUCAAGUCCAACGACUCGUCCCAGCUUUUCCUUGCCUCUUCACCUGGCAACUUCCUCAGUCUCCUGGGUGUUCUCGAACACCCAUUUUCCCGCGGCUCCACUCACAUAUCCUCCUCUUGCCCGUCCGUCUACCCAAUACUUGACCCCAAUUACCUUUCUCAUCCCUUCGAUCUCACUUUACUCACCGCCAUCGCGUAUCACCUCCAAUCCCUCGCCUCAGUCUCUCCACUCUCCACCUACCUUCAAGGAAAUGGCACUAUCUACCAGCCUGGUUAUUACCCUCUCAAUGAAACUAACAUUGAAUCGUUCAUCAAAGCAAACCUGCAGUCUGAAUACCACCCCAUUGGUACUUGUUCAAUGCUCCCUUUGGGUAAGGGCGGGGUAGUUGAUGAGAAAUUCAGAGUAUAUGGUGUCCGGGGACUAAGAGUGAUCGAUGCUAGUGUUUUCCCACUGUUGGUGAGAGGGAAUUUACAGAGUUUAGUAUAUGCGGUUGCAGAGAGAGGAGCAGAGUUUAUUAUAGAGGAUCAAUGA